AUGGCGCAAACGUUUGCGUGCCAUCCACUUUCUACUCUCCCUCGUGUACACAACUUCGCUACAUUGAACCCUUCCCUCCACUUUCAGCAAAGACUUGUGAUAGCGUCGAAAUUUCAGAUAGCAGUUGCUGUAGCGAAUAAUCAUGAGCUUGUUGCAUUUCGUAGUACCAUCGUCCAUGAACAAAGUGGUGGAGCGUCGAUCGAUACUAAUAAUAUUCAGACCAAAGUGACUGUAUUGGGAUCACAGUGGGAAAUUGUCAGUAUUGGACUGAAUGCCGAUGAAACCCUUCUUGGAGCACUUACUCAUAAUCAGCAUGGUUGUUUCGUCCAUAUUUAUGAUGUUCUUACGUUGUCAGUUGACGUUAUCGGAGAGGCAAUUUCUCUGUGCACUAUUCGAGUAGGAAAUUCGGCUUCCAAAGGCAUCGCUUUUGAGUGGAAUCCAGCACUUUCAGACAUGUUUGCAGCAUCCGACAACGAUCGGACUUUGAGCAUCGCCAAGGUUGAUAUGUCGAAUCAGUCGAAAUACAGUAUUCUUGGAGAAAAGAAGCUAGAAGCAAAUAUUAACGAAAUCUCCUGGAGUCCAAAAGGUAAACAACUUGUCGUUGGCGACGCUAAUGGAAAGAUUUUCCAAUUGAAGCCCGAGCUUGAGCUUGUACGCGCUACCAAUGCUCCAGAAAGUGCUGGUGGUCUGGCUGUGACAAGUUUGAGCUGGCUCUCUACUACAGAAUGGCUUGUUGCAUAUGUAAAUGAGCAGAGAUCGAACGGAGGAGCAUUUAUGUUGAACAUUAAAAAGGACAAACCGCCUUCGUGGACUCCGAUGAAUCUAUCUGGUCAGUUUUCGUUUGGAGAAACAAGACGCCUUCUGGUGGACUGGAACGUGGCUAUAGUGGCAUUGCCUGGCCCCGGUCAACUUCUCGGGGUUUGCAAGCCACCCAACGUAAAUGCCUGGUCGACCAUACCGCUGGCAUCAUUACCCCAACCAUCACCAACCAGCUUUCUUUGUGGGAUCGCAGUUGAUCUUUCCAUGCAGUCUCCAAUCGCUCUCGGUGAUGGAUCCAGUCGUCGCCUUCCUCUAAUUCUUGCAUUGAAUAGUGAUGGCUCGUUGCGAUCGUUCAAGCUCAUGCCUCCUUCAAAGGAUUACCCUGAUUGUAAUGUGUCGCUGGUUCCCAUAGAUGCCGGCAAAAUCAAACAAGGACUUCGCGCAGUUGAACCGAACAGUAGUCAAAAGAUAUUGUCUGAAGCACCCUCUGUAGCCCCACUCUCACAAUCUACGACUCCAAUAACUGGUCUUUUCGCGAAGAUGGGGGAGCAAAAGUCAUCAACCAGUCCUUUUUCAACAGUACCGCCAACUGGUGGUUUGUUUGGCGGAUCUAACGUAGCUACGCAGAGUCUUUUGAAUGUUGGAACAACGUCUGGAUCAAUGAUCCCCUCAACGCAGCCUAGCGGGACUGCUUUCGCCACUUCUCUACCUCCAGCGCAGACAACUCCAAAAUCUUCGCUUACUCAGGCUGCAACCAACGUUUCGUCAGUCUUUGAAAAACCUUCAACUACUCCGGCUCUACCACAGCAACAGAUUGUCAAACCCACUGCACUGUCGGGACUUACAACGGCGCAACCGCCUUCUUUGUCAUCGAUUACGCAAGAGAAAACUGCUCUCGACAUAGCUGAGGCAACUAAGGCUGCAAUUUCUGUUGCACGUUCUUCUGCGAAGGACUCUGUAGAAAAGUUCAGCAAAGCGUGGCGUGACUCACAUAAGGACUUACAUUCAUUUUCAAUCAACUGGCAAAAAUCUGGAAGUGCUAUUGAUGAAGCUAUUUCGUCUUUGACUCAUGCUGAAAAUUCGGAAACCGCUGAUGAGAUUCAACGCAUGGUUGUCGAGCUUGAUGAGGAGCUAUGCGAUAUUUUGCGGCUCAUUACAGAGAAAAAAGAAAUGAUAAAGGAAAAAACGGCAACCUACAAAGAAUCCAGGGAUAUUGAACUGAGCUAUAGACAACCACUGAAUCUUUUAGAGAGAACUCAGUCGGAUAGUAUCAUGCAGAAAUUCGAAGAUUUCACCAUAAAACUUCAUGAAGCAAAAAAGCUGUUGGCAGACACCAAAAAGAUUUCGACUGCCUCGAAACCUCGACGUGUGUCGCAUUUUGAUCCGAAAUUUGAAGGACGAAUUCAUGAAAGCAUGAAGAACAUGGCGCGUUACUUUGCUAUAGUUCGAGCUCGAGUGGAUGAUAUUGAGCGGAAGGCGUUGCACAUUACUACACAAAAACAAUUGAACUCCAAUACUACAAUAGCCAACCAGUCACUCUCGAAUUCAGUAGUAGUUGAUCAUGUGGCCUAUGGAGAAGUACCAUCUUCCAUCUUUAUAACCCCUAGGCCGAAGCCUAUAGCCUUCGAACGAGGAGUUUCGAAGUCCCAACAAAGAGCGAAAAUGUUGGAACUCAUGGCGACCAGGAAGGAGGUGAAAACUAUAACGAAGAAGGUGGAACUGAUGCGGAUUGAUUGCGGUGCUAGUGAUGACACAUUGAGUUCUUCCUUCCUCAAUGCUCCUAAUCUUGAUACCUCUUUGCUUCAGAAGAUAUCCUCUCCGCUAAAAGUGAAACCUGUUCUUACUAUGCGGAAUGCCAGCACCCAAGCGGAUGUACCUUCUGUCGCGCCUCCCACUUUAGCGCAGACUCAUUCUGUCUCUUCCGCACUAUCCUCAUUAGCGACAAGCAAACAGGCCAUCACAAAUGCAGCAGAUAUCUCAAAAACCGUUGAUGAUAAGAAAUUGAAUAGCACUGGAAUCGUUCCGCUUGCAACUUCUACUCCAGGAUUCAAGCUGGGAGAGAAUCCGCUGAAACCUAGUGGCUCUUUGUUCUCAUCUACAGUCGCCUCUGCUACGCCGCACGUCAGUUCUGCGGGAUCUCUUGGAUCCGCUUCGACUGAAUUAAAUCCGCUGGGUGGAAAGUCGAUUUUUGGAGGGCUGCAGUCGACAGUAAAACCGGCUUCUUCGUCUGCAGAUUCGCAGCCUUUAUUCGCGUCAACUCCCAAAAAUACUACAACAGCCGCUAGCGAAUCAAAGUCUUUAUUCGGUGGAUUAGGCACUCUUACUGGCACUCUUACUGCUGAGAAAAAGGAUGAAAAGAAAGGGUCGUUGCUUUUCAAUAAUUUAGGAUCAACUGUUACUGCAGAAUCUGAAAAGAAGGAAGAAAAGAAGUCUCUCAUAUUUGGAGCUCUAGGAUCCACCAAUAAUAUUACGUCAGAAAAGAAGGAUGAUAAAUCACCGUCUUUAUUUGGUAGCAAAGUUUCUACUGAAUCUCCUACGGCUGAGAACAAGGAAACAAAACCAACAUCGCUAUUCGGUGGGACAGCUAACCAAACAACGCCGAAGUCAAUUUUCGGUGGUGAUUCAUCGGUAAAGCCGCUUUCCUUCGCCACUUCGCAACCAGACAAACCAUCGGGAUCCGAGAACGAAAAAGACAAGAAGGAUGAAAGUGGCGACACAAAGGUUUUGGAGGCGAAGGUUCCAGAAGUAAAGUCUGGAGGUUCUCUGUUUUCUUCUACUGCUCCAGCCACUACAACAGUAACCACAACGACGACAACGUCUAACAUAUUUGUUCCAACAACUACCACGGCUACAACAACACCGUCUAGUAUAUUUGGUGCACCGAAAACCACCACUUCACAGCCUAGUGCAUUUGGAAGCCUUUUUGGUGCGAAGGAUUCUGGAGCUGCACAAGGAGCCUCUUCUGCAUCAAAUACGGUGACAUUUUCAUUCAAACCCAGAACUGAAGCCGAGGCUAGUCAGCCAACAGCUUCCUUUACGUUUGCACCCAAGCCCAGUGGAAGUAGUUUAGGUUUUGCUGCCGCUGCUGCAGCAGCAGCUAGUACAGAUAAUGAUGAAGGAAUGGAUGACGAUGGUGUCACUGGUGCUACUCCUCAAGGAACAAGUAGUAUAUUCGGUGGAGGUUUCAUGAGCGGUAUCGGUUCGACGACGGGCACAAAUGCUAACAAGAACGUCUUUGGAAUGGGAACAAGUAAUCUAGUGAAAAAUACAACAACUCAACCUACGACCUCACUAUUCAAAGGAGGACAAACAUCGUUAUUUGGUGCUAACCCACAGUCGUCAUCUUUUGCUUCUGCUGCACAACAAGCCGCGCAAUCCAACACAUCUCCAUCGUCAGCUAUGUCUAAAUCGGUGUUUGGCGGCUCUCCUAAAUUUGGUGGACCUCCUGUUUUUGGUGGAAAACCUGUAUUCGGAUCUCCUACGACGCAACAAACGAGUGCUUUUGGUGGAGCGUCUGCAACUAGCGGUGGAUUUUCAUCAUUCUCCGGGAAUAAAAGCCUGUUCGGAGGUGCCACGUCGGGCAGCAGUUCAUUAUUUGGGGGUGGAACGUCUAAUCAAAGUCAACAGAAAAGCUCACUGUUUGGAGGCGGCCAGCCUAGCAGUUCAUUCAGCACCUGGCGCUAG